CAAUCUUAGACCUUGCCAUUGUUUAUAAGUUUAUAGCAACAGCCUAAGCAGAAGGAGAAGGAGAAGAAGAAGCAGCUCAAAGUAACACUCCUACGAUAUCGCCUCAGCCUUGGACCUAGGCCAAGUGAUUGGUUUCGUGAGUGUGCCACUAAUUUAGGCCCGAACAGAGAGUUUUUAAUCACUUUCUGAUCAAAUUCGAAAGAGAAAAAUGGUUAGAGCUCCUUGCUGCCAGAAGAUGGGUUUGAAGAAAGGACCUUGGACUGCAGAAGAAGAUCACAUACUCGUCACUUACAUUCAGCAGCAUGGCCAUGGAAACUGGAGAGCUCUCCCAAAACUAGCUGGUUUGUUACGGUGUGGAAAGAGUUGUAGACUCAGAUGGACAAACUACUUGAGGCCAGAUAUCAAAAGAGGGAAUUUUAGCAGGGAAGAAGAAGACGCCAUCAUCAACUUACAUCAAAUGUUAGGAAAUAGAUGGUCACAAAUCGCAGCGAGAUUGCCUGGUCGCACAGACAAUGAAAUAAAAAAUGUAUGGCACACCCAUUUAAAAAAAAGGCUGAAAUCGAACCAAACCGAAUCAGAUUCUAGGGCACAUUUCUACUCUAGAAAAACGGAGCAAGAGCUAGAGCCCAUUGAUGAUUCUUCACAUUGUGCAAAAUCUGAUAGCUUGGAUUGUGUGCCUGUUUCGCCGGCUCGAUGUACUUCAAGUAACACGUCAUUUGUCACGACCAACGAGGACAACAACAACAACAUUAGUAACAAUGUAUGCGUGACAUUUGACGAUUACCAAGCAAAUUUACCAGAACCGGAUGACAGUUUUUGGUCGGAAGUUUUGUCAACUAAGUACUAUGAAGAGACGGUGAAUGAGUUUCAGGCAUUUGGUGGUGACCCACAAGUGAAUAUGGGGCCUACUGAUGGUGGUUUUAGUUUAGACACGUACAAUGACAACAACAUGGACUUUUGGUUUAAUAUAUUCUCAGGAGCUGAGGAAAUUCCAGAAUUGUUAGGAAUUUGAUAUGUCAAUAAGGAAGGCUGUUUUAUAAUUUUGUUUAUGAAAUUAUGAGUUGGGAAAUAGAAUUUUGUGUUGUUGCUGUCCAA